CACUGCUCUUAUCAAUUGGGCGCUCGCGGGCCGCUCUGCCGCGGCGUUUCCGUUCUACCGAGGCGAAACCUCGACCAAUCGGCCGCCCCCUUUGGCGCCGAGGUUUGCCGAGUCCUCCGCGAGGGACCGGGAAAGCGGCACGCGCGAAACGCCGGCAUGAACUGCCGAUUCCGCCGCGGGCGCCGACUCGAGUGCCGGAACUAGUGUGGCCAGUGCUUACCGGUGCGGAAGGAAGACCCUGAUUGACUUCUUUCCCCUGGGCCGGAAGACGCGCUACAUCGGAAACUCCGCGGGGCGCUCCAUAUCCCCAGAAGGUUGACUCUGGCAGACAUGAGGCAGGACUCCAGGUGAGGGGGCGAGCGCGAGGGGCUCGAGGGGAGAGAUAUGGUGGAGACCUUUAGGUGGUCCUACCGAAGGGCGCCACCUGCCGCCCACUUCAGCCUGUUCUUCCUCCUCUUCAUCCUCUGUCUCGCCACCACGACGAGCGCCAUAGACCUCUCGCAAUGCAUCGCGCCGCUCGGCAUGGAGUCCGGGGCCAUACCGGAUGGGGACAUCAACGCCACCUCCAGCUUCGACAGCGGCAACGUGGGUCCUCGUCAGGCACGGCUGAGGACGGAGAAUCAUGGCGGAGCCUGGUGCCCAAAGAACCAAAUCACCACCGAGCCCAAGGAAUGGCUGGAGAUCGAUCUUCGCAAAGUUCACAUGAUCACCGCCACCGGUACCCAGGGAAGAUUCGGCAAUGGCGUUGGUGUCGAAUAUGCUGAGGCUUACCUGUUGGAGUACUGGAGACCUCACCUCGGCAAGUGGGUGCGGUACAGGGACGUGAAAGGUGAAGAGGUGAUAAAGGGCAACUCCAACACCUACCUGGAGUCCAAGCACGAGUUGGACCCUCCACUUUGGGCGAGCAAAAUUCGCUUUCUGCCGUACAGCUACCACAGGCGUACCGUCUGCAUGAGAGUCGAACUCUACGGAUGCUAUUGGAGCGAUGGCGUCGUCUCCUAUUCUAUGCCCCAGGGAGAUAAAAGGGGCAACGAAUGGGAAUUCUUCGAUGCUACCUACGAUGGCCACUGGGAUGGCGACCUGCGCAGAGGACUUGGACAACUGACCGAUGGGAGAACUGGACCUGACAACUUCAAGAUGGGAUACCUUCACGAUCGUGGCCAAGGCUGGGUCGGCUGGAGGAAUGACACCAGGUUCGGUCAGCCCGUCGAGAUCAGGUUCGAGUUCGACCGCGUUCGAGAGUUCUCCGCGGUUCACAUAUACUGCAACAAUCAAUUCACAAAAGAUGUCCAGGUGUUCUCCCACGUGGACAUUCUCUUCAGCAUCGGCGGCAAGUAUUACACCGGGGAGCCCAUCACGUACACAUACAUGGAGGACAAGAUCUUCGAGACUUCUCGCAACAUCACGAUAAAGCUGCAUCACCGAGUCGGGAAAUUUGUGAAGCUUCGACUUCACUUUUCGGCACGGUGGAUCAUGAUCAGCGAGGUCACUUUCGAUUCCGACUCAGCCCAUGGAAACUUCACCCCUGAAGACGCGCCCUCCACCGAGGCGCCGGUCCAGAGCGACGUCUUCGUGGAGAAAAAUGGCGCCGCGGAGGGAGAGCUUCCGGUCUCCACGGCGAAGCACGACGACCCGACAUACAUGGCGGUGGUCAUAGGUGUACUGACGGCGGUGAUUUUAUUAUUGGCCGUGGCGAUAUUUCUGAUAGUAUCCCGGCAUAGGCAGCGCAAGUGCUUCGCGAGCCCCAUGACAGGGAAGGCACCCUCUCACCUGGGCUCCACCUGCGCCACCGUGGAAAAGGGCGCCGCCCUGAUGGCGUACACCCUCGAGGACGACGAGAGGUACGCCGGCGGCUCCUUGCCCACUCUGCCUCGCGACCUGGGCAAUCGGCUCCUGGACAUCGUGAAGCUGGACGACUACCAGGAACCGUAUCAGGCCCUGAAAUACGCUCCGUACUACAGUUACAGUACCGUCGUUAUGGAGAUGAAAGACAUGAUGCUCAACAGCAAGGGCACCAACAUCAAUCACUCAGCCGUGUACGCGAACGGUGCCGUUGACACAUCCUACGAUUAUGCCGUUCCGGAACUGGGCACGGUGCCGCUGUUGAAUCCCGAGGGAAGCAGCAGGACCGGGACCAGCGACCAGGAGAGCGUCUUCUCCAAGAGCUCCGCGCGCAGCACCAAGACCGACGACAAGAAGUCCCCGACUCAACAGGAGGUGCUCUCGGCCCUGAAGAAGCGGCUGGAACAGACGAGCGUGCCGCUCUUCCCACGACACCGACUUCGCAUGCUGUCCAAACUCGCCGAGGGGGCCUUCGGGACGGUAUACGUCGCGGAAGCUGACGGGAUCCCGGAGUACGGAACCACGACCACCCUUGGCAAGAGACUCGUCGCCGUCAAGUUUUUACUGCCGGAAGCCACCGAGAAGGAAAAGCUUGACUUUCAACGAGACGUGAGGAUCCUGGCAGCCCUCGAGGAUCGCAACAUCGCCAGGGUCCUUGGGGCAUGUUGCCGAGAGGAGCCGUAUUGUGUCGUGAUGGAGUAUCUAGAGCACGGGGACCUUUGUCAGUUCCUGAAGACACACAUCACGGCGGAGGACGCACAUUCCAUGCCGAUCGGCGUUAAAACCCUGAGCUUCAACUGCCUCAUCUACAUGGCGGCGCAGAUCGCCUCGGGAAUGCGAUACCUGGAGAACCUGAACUUCGUGCACCGCGACUUGGCCACCAGGAACUGCCUCGUGGGCAAGGCCUACCAUAUCAAGAUCUCGGAUUUCGGAACGGACAACGAAUUGUAUGCCUGUGAUUAUUACAAGGUCGAUGGAACCAUGCCUCUGCCCGUCCGCUGGAUGGCCUGGGAGUCCAUAUUCCUGGGGAAGUAUACAACGAAAAGCGAUGUCUGGGCGUUCGCCGUCACUCUCUGGGAGAUUCUCAACCUCGGAAGACGCAUCCCCUACGAGCACCUCUCGGAUGAAGAAGUGGUCCAGAGCCUGAAGCAGCUGCAGCACAACGCGGAGUGCCAGAAGAGCACCGAGGAGAUGCCGAAGUUCAAUCAUCUGCCGAGACCAAAUGCCUCGUCCAAGGAUAUCUACGACCUGAUGCUGGAGUGCUGGCGAAGAGAGGAGACCGAGAGGCCCACUUUCCGUGAAAUUUCCCUUUUUCUGCAGAGGAAGAACCUGGGAUAUGCCCCGACCUCCUGAUAUUAAUCCUUCGUCGACCUCGUGGUCACGAGGUCAGAUGCGGAAGGUCUGACGAGGUUUUCAACUCGUUCUCGAAGUUCAUGUGGAUCGCAUUUGGGAUCUAGAGGCCGGAACUGGGAUCGAAUUUCCCUAGAAGCGGAAGAGAAUUGAUAACGCGGGAUUGAUCGACCUACCUAGAAACAUAGCGUGUAACCUCUCGUUCUUUUUUAACGCCAAGUUCCAUGCACCGUGGAUUUCGUUUCUGAUCAUAAGAUGCAUUUCGUGACCAUGGACACUCUUUGGGUUGCGAGCAUCUUUUCCGACUUCGGUUCACUUUGGAUUUCGAUAAGACUGCAACUCUGCUCGGGAUAGAUUAUUUAUUGAUUGGUCUUGGCACUUGAUUUGGGGAAUCCGAGGUGAAUGAUCGGAGAUGGUAAUGAGUAACGUAGAAGUAUCGCGACACUUAAGUACGAAUAGGUUUUGUGGGUUUGCGAGGCCUGCGACUUCGGUAGUACGCUAAAUACCUUGGCUAUGACACAUCAUAAUGAUAACUUUAUAUAAUAGGCGGGAUCAAUGAAACUAAUAUAUUUAUUGUAAAUAUAGAGGUAGCAAUAAGAGACUUUAUUAUUAUUGCGCGCAGUAUAGACGUUAUAUGGCAUUGGUAGUCUCGUCCGAUUGAACGACCAUUGAACUCUUGAAGAAAUUGACCCGGGUCGGUUACUUUGACUUCCGUUUGGAAAUGCGGAAUUGGGAAGAUCGAUUUGGUAAUUUCACCAUUCCGAUAUUACCAGGAUGGAGGAAUAUUAAUUUAUGAUGUCUCACCUUGACCGAGGCUAUUUCAAAUUCCCCUUAAACGACAAAUCCACACGCGAAAGGCAUAUCGAAACGAGAAUCAUUCAUCGACAUAUCCAGAAAUUAAUUUCGGAAUUGCAAAAGGGAGCAGCCUUACAUGAAAAAAAAAAAAGGGUAAAAUAUCGAAAGGCACUCUCUUCGAAAUCGAUACGACGAAGUAAGAUUAGGAAUCGACUUUUAAGCGCUAAAUCUGAGGUUUCCAGGUUUACAUCGUAUGACAAAUUAUUUAUUCAGCAAUAUUCUCGUAAUGUCGUAAUACUUAAAUAUUUCGGUAAUUAGGAAUUUCAAGCCGGGCGGAGAAAUCUCGAGGCAAGACGUCGUUGUCAGUUCCGUGCAAGAAACCGUAAUAAUUAGGCAUGUGGUAAUUGGAGCGAAAAUGACGUGCACAAUUACGAGGUCUUUGUUCUAAGAGAAGCCUCGCGUCUGAUAAUGAGAUUUAUGGUUUUAACCUGGAAACCUCAGGCAUGAUAACGAGGUCCCCAGACUCGCGUCUGAAGCCUCGUGAUAAUGUGUAAUGACAUCAUAUGCUAGACGAUGUUACCGUUACGAUAUUAAAAUACUAUUUAUAUAAUUAAUGUAAUAGGGACUUAAGAGGUAGGUAGAGAGAUUAGUAUGUACGUAUUUAAAGUAUAAGCAUAACGCUGCCUUUGGCUAUAUUGUUGCCCCCUACUGCUAACGAGUAACUCACUUGUCUACUCAUGUGAUAAUUUAUACACGUCUCCGUGUACCUAUCCUUUGUCAUUUCGAAGUGUCGGUGAAGAAGGGAUCGCGCUCUGGAUUUUAAAGAGACAUGUCGAGAAAUCACCUUGCCAUGAUUCGAAUCAUCGUACAUGAAACCUUCGUUUAGCCUCCGAAUCAUGCUACAGCACAGAGACAGAAUUAGUUCUGUGGCAGAAAUUUCUCCGAAAAUAUUUAUAAAUGUUCUUCUAGCUCCUCGCUAAAUUUCCUCUCUUCACGGCGCACGACUGACAUCAUUGCGAGGAAUUAUUGAAAAAGAAACAAGAAUCGGAAAAGUUAUUAGCUAAUAGCGCCGAGCGUAGCGGCAAUCACGUGCGAGAAGUAACCACCUCCUCUUAAUGUAAAUAAUUAGCCAGAUCGUGAAAUUAACAAUUAUGUCAUGCCGAUGGUGUCAGCUCGAAAGAUAUCUCCAGAGGCAAGCAGCGUCAAUGACACCGGUGAUUUCAUUCUAAAAUAUUCCCUUUUAAUUCUUUCAAAGGAUUAGAGGAACGACGUCUCGUUGUCACGGCGUAAAAUAAUAAUAUUAGUAAUUGGUUAAAUAAUUCAAUUCGUUCGCCGAUUCGACGUCGUUUCCGGUACGGAUUUUACCAAAUGUUCAAUUUAGAGGCUGCCAGGUCGUUUAAUGAACGAUUAAAUUAAAAACGUGAUUAAUUUUUCAUCCUUACCCCCCCACCAUCUUUGGGCCAUAUUGUGCAUAAAGGAUCCGUAAUUCUCCAAAAACCACCAAGAUGCCUUUAAUAUAUCUCACUCGUGACCGCGCCAUGUCGGGGAAAGGGGGAAUACAAAGAGAAAAGAAAAAAAGAAAAAACAAAACAGAGGAAACUGUAACGCCGAAUGCAGGACAACGAAGUCGAGUGAAGUUCAGAGAUGGCAUGCAGGCACUUGAUCGUGCUCCAUUGCAUUUUCCUUCGGCAUCCUGAGUCUUUUAUGCAUAACAGUGGUUGUUAACGUUCGACCGAAACUCUUCACCCUCUACAAGUAUAAGUGUUCCCGAAAGCGAUACCCGGAAUUACUUGCAAAGGCCGCAAAUCAGUUCUGCGAGAUACCCGUGUUGCAAGUUGGUUAGGAAGAACACACAAAAAAGAAAAAAGAAAAGAAACGGUUCGGCUAACUUAAAUUCAGAAUAGUCUCGGGCAUCCUCUCGACCCAUCGUUGUAUCAGUGUUACAUCCUCUAUCGACCCGUGUUCCUCGCAAUUAACCAAAGUUCAAUAUUGAAUUUAAACCAGCCGAAUCGCCCGUAGGUCUAGAACGGUUCCCUGAAAGAUCUCCGAUCUCGUUAUACGGCCAUUGAGCCAAGGCGAGGUUCGAAUCGGUUUCUCUAACGAGUCGAAUCAGAUCCGAGGAAAUUACGGCACUAUCAACGGGAAAGAGAAAUUGCGGAAUAAUCGGUGAUUUAUUAUCGCCGCGCAGGAGGCUUCGGGAAACCAGCAAGCAAACCUCAAUCCGUUGUCUGUACCUAAACGCGAUUUCGCAAGACUCGUUUGCCUCCGUCGAUCUUCCCUGGUUUGAAAAUACCAAAUGAUCUGUUAUCUACUAAAACAAAGAAAAAAAAAAAUUGUAAUGGGCGAAUUCUUAGGACGUCUUUCCAUAGUUUCGAAUUUCUCAUCUCGUGAACGAUUCGAGGCAAACCGGCAUUGCAAAUCUCGUCUGGGACCUCGUUGAGAAAAAAUGACUUUUCCACUUGUGUGGGAAAUAUUAGUGGGAGAACGAACGUACGCAUGCUCGUCAUAAUCACACCGACAGGUGAGCUCUAUGUUAGUCAGCUCCGAAGAAGAGAGAAUUUCGACCCUACCCGAGAUGACAAUUCGACAUGUCACGUGCUGCAUGCAUUACGUUUGACGCUGCAUCCGUAUGAUUGACAAUCAUGCUUGAGCCUUGAGACUGAAUGAUUUUUUUCCGAUACCAAGUGCAGAGCAAAUCGAUGUUGAAGAGUCCGACAAGAGACCCUAGGUGGCCCUUCCUCAUACCUAACGCGAGACGUUGACAAUACUUAAUUAAUUUCCUUUGAAUUAACAAUCCGGAUUAGCUGCGAUUCCACGGCGACUUCGAGCCGGGAAAAUGAAAAACAUUGAGAAAAUGUUGAAAUCAUCGCUAAGCCCGAAAUUCUUUCGAUUCGAGUUAAGAAGAAGCGAUCGAAUGCGAAUGGAAAGUUUGCACGGACCCUAGUAAUAAAUCCCUAGUAACAAGAUUUGCACCGAUUCCCCAGGGACGAAUCGUGCAGAUAUAACUACUAAGACAGAGCUCACCCGGUAAUACCUUUUACGCUAUUACACCUAAUCGUUAUAAUCGUGAAAUUAUUUUGUACUGAGAACUGUUUAUAAUUUUGUAUCCAAUGUCUGUAAAUACGUCGGGCAAAAUCGUAACUGUGUUAGGGGGAAUUAAAAAUCGAGCGACCGAGAAGCGUGCGACACUCGCGGAUAUAUUUUAACCGGUAGGGAAAGUCGAGAUUCGAGUUUCGAGACUCGAGAAAAAAAAAAAGAGAAAUAAUAAAGAAACGUGGAAAAUGUGGAAAACGCGGAGCAUGACUCGAUGAAGACGAGGAACGGUAACGUAACGAUGUACAACGACUUAGGAACUACGUGUAUCAUAACUCUACGUGUAAGGGACAAAUCAUACAAGUAUACAUGUUACUUGGUAGAUGUAUAUACACUAUUUAAAACGGUGUAGGAUGUAACUAGUCAUUUAUAAUACUUUGCAAAAUCCGUAGGGUCGAUAUGCGAGAGAAGACGCGCAAAGUACACUUUUUUGUCGGGAGAGAUCGUCGAGGAAAUGACAGAAUAUAUAUGUAUAUCGAAUCCUGGUGCUAGGAGACAGGACCUCUGCGUAGUAGGGAAAAUUAGAUUAAGGAGUCAGUGAAAUGUCUUUUUCUUUUUUCCAUUCGCAGAUUACCGAAAUGACUCCAAAAGAAUUUUCUUUAGACAAUUUGUUCGCGACUUACCAUGCACGACUGCGCCGUCAUACUUAUACGCGUGAAUCCAGAUGAAACAAUUGACAGGAUCCUCGUUCGUCCGAAAGAAACUCGGAGACUUGCGAGAAAUAUUUUUUUUUCUGCGUUUAAUUAAUUAAAUGUCCUAUUUGCAUUUCCUGGAAAUGGGAAGAUCGAGCUCGAUUUUCUCCUCUCGGAGUAAACGACUACUCUCGUAUUACUGCUCUCGAGUCAAUAAUAUACGCCAAUGGUAAAGUGCGCCUCACUAUGAAAAUUCCCCUGGUAAGUUAUAGUGUGUUGAAUAUUUGUAAACGAGCAAUAAUCGUGUACUGGCAUUAAGGCUUCUAUUAAUUAAACGAUCGACAAUGUUGCGACAAGUUGAGCCUGGGACACAAUAAAGAAUUGUACUAUACGAA